CAGAGCGGCACGCGCACAGGUGCGUCGGCAACCUUUCUUCUCCCUCCUGCUCGGGACGGACGGGCGUUGGGAACCGCUGGGCCCGCAGCGGGCUCUCUCCCCGCCUUCGGGAGGCUGCGGGGCUCAGGCCGCGGCGCCUCGGGAGCUACAGGACGAUUCUAGCGCGUGAGGGGCAGCGCAGAACAUCAUGCAGGAUCCCAAUGAAGAUACAGAAUGGAAUGAAAUUUUAAGAGAUUUUGGUAUUCUUCCUCCAAAAGAAGAGCCAAAAGAUGAAAUUGAAGAAAUGGUUUUACGUUUACAGAAAGAAGCAAUGGUUAAACCAUAUGAAAAGAUGACUCUUGCACAGUUGAAGGAAGCUGAAGAUGAAUUUGAUGAAGAAGAUAUGCGAGCUAUUGAAACAUAUAGAGAAAAGCGGUUACAGGAAUGGAAAUGUCUUACAAAAAAACAAAAAUUUGGGGAAUUAAGAGAAAUUUCUGGAAAUCAGUAUGUGAAUGAAGUCACAAAUGCAGAAAAAGAUGUGUGGGUUAUAAUUCAUCUAUACAGAUCAAGCAUUCCAAUGUGUUUGUUGGUUAAUGAGCAUCUUAGUCUUCUAGCAAGAAAGUUUCCAGAAACUAAAUUUGUUAAAGCCAUUGUGAAUAGCUGUAUUCAACACUACCAUGACAAUUGUUUGCCAACAAUUUUUGUUUAUAAAAAUGGUCAGAUAGAAGGCAAGUUCAUUGGAAUCAUAGAAUGUGGAGGGAUAAAUCUCAAGGUAGAAGAACUUGAAUGGAAGCUAGCAGAGGUUGGAGCAAUACAGACUGAUUUGGAAGAAAACCCCAAAAAAGACAUCGUAGAUAUGAUGGUGUCUUCAAUUAGAAACACUUCUAUUUAUGAUGACAGUAAUAGUUCCAACAGUGAUAAUGAUACCAAAUAGAAAUAUUUAAUAAAUAGCUUUUAAAGUAUA